GAACAAUAUUUCUAAUGCUCGGUCCUGAACAAUAGGUAACCCGAAAAAACUUAAAUUUCUUCCUUAAAACAACAUUUUCGAUAUCAAGAGCUUUACAUAAGGCAAUAUAUUAAUAAAGGUAUUAUCGUUAUCAAAUUAAGUGAGAAACAGUUUGCACACGUGUCAAUAGACACGAAAGUGUAGAAUGAAUAAUCCACAAUAAAAUUACGAAAUAAAUACCUUGUACUAUAAAUGAUUGUUUAAUUCAAAACAGCUAAAUAAUUACCUUCAAUAGAAACUAAAAUGGCCGGAUCAUCGUUACCUGAUGACUUUGACGUAGUUAUUCUAGGAACAGGUUUGGUGGAGAGUAUAACAGCUGCUGCCUUCUCCAGAAUAGGAUAUAAGGUGCUACAUAUGGAUAAGAAUUGCUACUAUGGUUCAGAUGUAGGUUCGUUCACUUUCAAAGGUCUACAGGAACGAUUUAGUUCAAAACUACUCGAGGAUAAAUCUAUAGAUUCAGAACAACUUAUCUCUCCGGAAGAGAGAUGUAUCAAGUUAAACAUUGAUUCUCCAAAUUUCUCUAACUAUGAAUCACAGAUAUUCGUUCCAGAUGAAGAGCCUGAAGAAGAUUCGAAAGAAAUAACCGAGCAAGAUGAUAAAGAUGCUGAAUCUUCUCCGAAAGAAAAUCGAGAACCUUCAAGCGUUCAAGACACUGACUCAGACAAAGACGGUAAACCUUGCGAAAAAGAUAUUGAAAAAGUGACAGAAAAAGCUACAUGUAAUCAAAUGAAAAAAGAAGACUCGAAAACGUCAAAAAAACUAUGGACCAAACAGAAGAUGGAAAAACAGGAUAGACACUUUAAUCUCGAUUUAAAUCCGAGGCUAUUAUUCUGUCGUGGUGAUAUGGUAGACCUCCUAAUAUCAUCUGAUGUUGCGAAAUAUGUUGAAUUUAAAACCAUCACUAGAAUUCUUACUUUACAAGACAAUGAAAUAAAAAAGGUUCCUUGCUCUAGAGCAGAUGUUUUCAGCAGCAAAGACAUCAGUAUGGCAGAAAAAAGAAUUCUUAUGAAAUUUUUGCAAAAUACAUUAAAAUAUAAGGAACAACCGGAAGAAUAUAACUCCUUUUCCGAAAGACCAUUUAGGGAAUUUUUAAUAUCGAAGUCAUUACCUGAUAACAUAAGGCAUUUCAUACAAUACAAUAUAGCUAUGGUCGACGAUGAAACAUCAACGUUAAUUGUAUGUACAAAUGUUCUGACAGCCUAUAUAGAAUACUUACCUAUGCUUUUGACUAGGGUUUGGAUAGGACUGUUAAAUUUGUUUUGUGCCGUUUUCGGAGGAACUUAUUGUCUAGAAAGAACUGCCGCGAAUAUUAUUACAGAUGAGUCAAAUCAAGCUAUCGGUAUAAUAGAUACAACUGGUCAGCGAAUUAAAUGCAAACACAUAAUUAUGAAUUAUUCAUUCGCUUCUCGUAGUCUUCUUGAUGAAAAAAUACAACGAAGUGAAGUUUCCAGAGCUAUGAUAAUUACUGAUAAAUCUAUCAAAGAAUCGAAACAAGAAGAGCUAACUCUUAUGAAUAUUCCAAAAUCAUCAGCAAAAGAUUGUAUUACUAUUUUUGAAGUCCCUUACGCUGCUGCAGCGUGUCCUGAUGGUUUAAAUGUUGUCUACAUCAGCUGUUCUAGAGAUAAGACAGCAAGAGAAGAUUUACAACCAAUAGCUAAUAAUUUCUUAAAUUUUGAAACUGAGAAAUCUGAAGACAAACCCAAUGUUGUUUAUUCCCUGUUCUAUAAUCAGAGCUAUUACGCAAGCGAAAAGAUAACUUCAGAAAAAUGCCCUAAAAAUGUUUACAUUACUUCUGAGCUUUUGGGAAAUCUUGAUUUGGAUGAUAGUGUUUCAAAGGCCCGUCUACUCUUUAGAAAUAUCUGCGAGACCGAGGAGUUUUUACCUAAGGCUCCUAAUCCUGAAGAUAUCAUAUUUGAUGAUCCAUCAGAAGCAAAACCUGCUGACGGAUUUAGCGAAGAUGUAACUAAAGAAGAUGGAGAGGAAACAAAUGAGACAAAUGAAACAAACGUUCCAGCUCCAGAGCAAUCUGCAAAGGACAAUGCAUAG